UACGAACCGACAGAUACAUGUACGUACAUCAUCAUAUCACAUCUAGCUGAACCACCGCACGAACCCUUCCUGUGGUUUGGAUGUUGUGUUAUCAGUAGCAACAGGUUCACGAAUAAACAAAACCAACUAUAAAUACAUGCAGGCUCAGAGGAGAUCAGUCGUGUCUGUGUAUCCAAAGAAACCAGUUCGGAACCUUUGAUAUAGUCAUCCUUUUUUAUCGAGGAAUUGAUAAUAAAAUGUCUUCAAAUCAACCGGUCUUCAUCAGUGAGGAUGAACUUAAACAGUACACGGACUGGACGGAAAUUUUACAUGCCCUAGAACAAGCGUUCCUAUCUGUGUCCAAUACCGAUAAAUCGGGUGGUCACCCAUACAGCUCUCAACCUGCGCGUACGUUCGUCCACGCCGAAGGAGGAGUACUCCUUUGUAUGCCAGGGUUCGUUGGCAAUCACAGAGUUUUCAAGUCCGACCAACAUUCAACGCCUUCCUCAACUUUAGCAUGCAAAUUGAUCACCAGCUUUGGAGACAAUCCCAAACGGAAUCCACCCCUGCCAGACAUCAACGGAAACAUAUUUCUCUUCGACAACGUCACUGGAAAGCUGCAGGCUACGUUGGAGGCCAAUUACAUCACAGGAUUGAGAACAGCGGCGGCAUCUAUCGUUGCGACGGAACAGGUGUUCCUUUCCAGAAUCGAAGAUAAAUCCAAUCUCGUUCUGGGCAUCAUCGGGGCUGGAACGCAGGGUGAGUUCCAUGCGAUUGGGUUCCUAAAUACUCACAAAUUUGCCAAAAUCAUACUAUGGAAUCGAACCAGAUCCCGCAGCGAACAGCUGAUGGCAAAGCUCAGAGACCUGGCACCAAAAACCAUGAACUCCGACGUUGUGGUUUCGGUUCAUGAAUCGGUCGAGGAAUGCUGCCAAGACUGUGACGUUAUUGUAACCGCCACAAGUACAUCCACUCCAUUGGUUUUUAGAAGUUUUUUGAAACCAAAUGUGCACAUCAACGCUAUCGGAGCUGGGCGUUCUCACCACGCUGAGCUGGCUCAGGAUAUCUACGAUCAAUGCAGCGUUUUUAUCGACUAUUCUACUGGAGCGAAAGUGGAAUUGGCAAACCUUAAGUCGACCAUCGUCGGAGAAAUUGGAGAAAUCAUUUUGGGAACAAAAUCAGUGCCAACCAAUGGCAUUACUGUUUUUCAAUCUAUUGGAAUGGCCACCGAAGAUGUAACUGUUGGUAGAUUAUUCUAUGAGAAAUAUAAGAUGGCUAGAGCGAAUUGAAUAAAAUGUUUGUGAAUCUAA